AUGCUCCGAACCCACAUCCGCGGAGCAAGUGGCGCCUUUCGAACGAGAGCGCACACGAUUUUACAACAUCGGGAAGCCUCGACCCACCACGCCUUCGCCGUAGUUCUAGGAAGUGGCGUCGCCGGCUCGUCGCUUACAUAUCACUUGACAAAACGAGGAAUAAAGGAUGUGUUGCUCCUCGAUAAAGGUGCAAGCGGAACAGCGGCGGCAACCAGCUUCCAUUCUCCAGGAUUGGUCUCCGCAUCUCAUCCGGCGCAUCGAUACAAGCCGAUUCUAGCCUAUUCCGUGGAAUUGUACAAGAAAUUGGAGGAGGAGACCGGGGAGAAAGUCCAUUUCGAACGGCCGGGCACCAUUCGGCUGGCCACAAACCAGACUCGUCUCGACGAGUUCAAGCGCUACAUUGCCAGGGACUACUACAAGGAAGGUGAUGUCUGCAAAACAGAGCUCCUCUCCCCAGAGCAAGUCAUUGACAAGGCAUCGGUGCUGAACAAGGAGCGGAUUCUCGGCGGUCUGUACACUAGUGACGACGGUUACGUGAAUGCCAAAGGACUGAACCGAGCUUUUAUUGCUGGCACUGAAAAGGGUGGAGGCAAGGUUCUGGACGAGGCGAUUCCGGAAUUUAUUCGCUAUGAUCGAGAGAAAAGCGAGUGGCUGGUUGGACUGAAAGACGGCACGCUCAUCCACACGAAGAACUUGGUCAACGCCGGCGGGAUCUGGGCCAACGACAUCGCCCGACUGACCGGCCAUUCGCUACCGGUGGUCAUAGCUGAGCACCAGUACGCUGUCCUCACGCCGAAAGAAAGCCCGCCCAACGUCUUGCCGGCACUCAUCGACCACGACAGCACUUUUUACGUCCGGAAAACAUCCGAUGGUAAAUACCUGUUCGGCGGAUUUGAGAGUAUCGAUAAGGUCGUUUUCCGCGAGGAUUGGAUCAAGAGUGGAGUACCGAAAGGCGGCUCGAAGCUGAUCGAGCCCCAUUUCUACAAGCUCGAUGAAGCGUUCGAAGAGGCAAAAUCCCUGAUCCCGGCGCUACGGGAUGCCGAGGUUGAGGCCAAGGCUGCCGUUUUUAGUAUGUCGCCGGACGGCUACCCGCUGGUUGGGCCUUAUGAAAAGAACUACUGGUUGUCGACCGGAUUCCUGGACGGUGUCUCGUCGGCUGGAGGUAUCGGCAGAUAUCUGGCCGACUGGAUGGUUGACGGUGAGCCUCCAUCGGAGCUUUUCGACACCGAUGCUUCGCGCUACGAUAUUUGGGCUGACAGGAAAUUCAUCGUCGAGAAAUCGCGCGAAACCUACUCGAUGUACUACAAUUGGUCCUACACAAACAGACGGGGCGCCCGACCCACGGAGCGCGUUUCCGGCAUCUACGGCCGCCUGAAGCGCGACGGCGGCCAUUUUGGUUAUCGAAACGGAUGGGAGGUCUCGAACCACUUCAACGUUGCCCAGCAGUUCCGCCUCGAGGACAACGUGGCCCCGGAUGCGACGGAUUUCCACUUCCAAGGCACGCUGCCGUCUCUGAUUCGCGAGUACGAAAUGGUGACGAACAAGUGCGGCCUCAUCGACCUGUCGUGGAAGGGCAAAAUCGAGGUGAAGGGCAAGGACGCCAGCGAGCUGAUGGAGUACGCGAUGGCUGGACCGGUGCCGGCCCUCGGCAAGAUCGGCUCGGGCUUGAUGCUGACGCGGAAAGGUCGCCUGCUGGCCCCGCUGAAGAUAUUCCAUUAUGAUAGUGCAAGAUCCCAAUUCAUGGUUCUCACCGAGCCCGAGCGUGAAUCGCGGGACCUCUACUGGUUGAGGAGGGCCGCCGCCGAGAAGAAAUUCGAUGUCCAGGUCAAUCCGGUGUCCCACUACCUCGCCAGCUUGGCCCUCGUCGGCCCCAACAGCCGAGCGAUUCUGCAAGAGCUCACCAAGUCCGACGUGUCCGACACUGGAUUCCCGAUGCGCUCGACGAGGCUGAUGAGGCUGGGCCCAGUUUCCACAGUGGCCGCCCGCAGCUCAACCACCACCGGCCAGCUCAGCUACGAGAUUUUCCAUAACCGCGCCGACAGCGCCAAGCUCUAUGAUGCCAUAUUCGGAAUUGGCCGGCAGCACGGCAUCGUCAACUUUGGGCAGACCACGCUGAACAUGAUGCGGCUCGAGCACGGCUACAAGAUUUGGGGCCGCGAGCUGACGCUCGACACGAAUCCGUUUGAGAGUGGCAUUGGAAAUUUGGUGGAUCUUGAGCGAAAGGAAUUCAUCGGUCGUGAGGCAGCCGUACAGCUCUCAAAACAAAAGUACAACCGUCGGCUGGCCCUGAUCACCUUUGACGCCCAGAUGCCGAUUGAUGUCCGCGCUAUCCCGUCCGGUAUGGAGGUGCUGCGACGAGAGGGAUCAGACGAGCGUGUCGGCCAAAUCACAUCCGGCUGCUAUUCCGUCCGGCUACAAUGCCCGCUGGCGUUUGCCUGGGUUGACGCCGACGUGAUGCCGAAUGAAACGCUGACCGUCGACGUCGGCACGCUGAAGUCGCUGAAGGGAACGAUCCUCGAGCAUAUUCCCCAUUCUCCCAUUCAU